GGUAAAACGACUUUGUCCCACCAACAUCCGCUGAUCUGUCUGCAGAAUAGUACACGACGCCACAGUUGGAUAUGUGAUUUUUGUUCAAGGGCAAGCGAGGACCUGAUCAGGGAAACAUACUCCUACCGCUGCGAAGAAUGUGACUUUGACUUAUGUUUUGACUGUGUUCAACCAAGGCAACAUCCUGCUCAUUAUCAUGCUCUUGAAGUGACAGAGAGGGCCUAUAAUAUCCUCCAUAGCUGGUUUUGUGACAUUUGCGGAUGCCCAAACAAACCUGAUGAAACGUAAGUUCCUGAAAAUGACACCAUUUGAACUGAUCAUUGUGUUCUUUCAUGUAUUAUUUUAAGAACACACACAAAGAAUCGUCCAGGUGAGGGUACAGGGGCACCCAACGUCAACUUUCGGAAAAUAUCUGCUCGGAAGACGAUUUGAGAUCUAGAAUUUUCGGAAUAUUUGUUGUAAAAUUUCUUGUUUGCCUGCCUCUCCUAGGAUUUUCGAAGAUCUAAAAAAUGGUACAAUUGCCAAUUUUUAACAGAUUUUUACCCCAAAAAAGUCACCUUAAAUUUUCGGGAGCCUCUUUUCUGGCUGAAAUUUUCGAAAAGGUGAGUUUUGAUCCUUAAAAUUUUCGGAUCACUAGACUUUCAACUAGGAAAUCCGAACAGAUAACAAAAUUUUUAGGGGAUAAAAAUAUGCCUAUAUUUACUGUUUAAAUACUAAAAUACGUUUAACAAUACUAUGUUUAAGUGGUUUUGAACUAUAUUCUCGUUGGGUGCCCCUGAGGGUAGUGCUGGAAAAGGGUGUUGUUAGUGACGGAUUUGUUGACACGAGUGGAAGUCAGUCCAGUCAAUGUUGUUAUCAGUCUGUGGUGCUAGAAACCGAUUGAUCAGGUUAUCCGAUGAUGUUAUUGGCUGUUGGGACUGGUAUACAGUUUGUCAACAGCACGUAUUAGAUCUAUAUUGCUGUUGUAAUUUUUGAUCUGCAAAGCUGCGCCGUCCUGUUUGAAGUACAAGUUUUAUUCAACUAUUCGCCAACCUGCAUCAGGUAAUACAAAUGCUGCUCGCCAUCAAAUAUUAACGGUGCCAUAAGAAAUGAAGGCCAGCUACCUGAGGGACCUGAUGUAGCUCUAUGAGUAUGGAAAAGAACUUGUUCCUUUGUUAUAUGGUGGAUAUUUAACUUGCUCGUUCUACUUAUGGUGGCGCUGGUCGAGGGUGAACCGGGUUAGCCAUGAUUCAUUUUGAUGCUUAAUAUUUACUUUACAGGUUAUCACGUCAUUGUAAAGAAUGUGAUUUUGAUGCUUGUCGUGUUUGUUUUCAUCGUCACACCAUCGCGCUACACCAGCACCCACUGUUCAGAGUUGACUCGCAUUAUAUCUAUCCACAUACAAAGGGUGGCUGGCGUUGUAACAACUGUAAGUCUCGUCACCACGACCCAGCUGACAACUGGCCAUGGCAUUGCCACGAAUGUAAUUAUGAUCUUUGUGACAACUGCAUUGGUGCCACGCUCGCAGUCAAUACAGGUGAUCAAGCAUGUGACUUGACCACAAAUUAAUACUUUUUGUCAUCGACGUGUUGCCAUUUUUUGAUUCUCAGGUCACUUAAGGCUUGUAUGCAUAUUUUGAUAAAAUGCUAUUUAGAAUGUUUGCUUCUAUCAAUGAUCCCGAAAAUUGAACUACAAAUGCAGCUUAAUGGCCUUUAAGUUAGCAAUAUGAGACAUUUGAGAAGCGCAAAUUUUCGCCACGUGACUGAUAAUUGAGAAUUAACGGUCAAAAGUUUAAAAUAGGGAAAGGAUAAUGAAAGAGCAACACGUUCUUAAGUUUAGGUACAUUUCAGAAGCUAUCACGGUGGUCGGUUUCUAGGGCUUUUCCUACCGUACCUCUCAAAACUGAAAGUUUUAGGCCAGGAAAGUAGGUUGACAAAUUACCUGUUAAUUGAUUUUUAUUUUAUCCCAUGUGACUGCUAUUGUGACGUCAGAAAUGAUGUCUUAUCUCAAUCGAAUAAAAAGGCGUAAAGUUACAGCUAAUUAAAGAAAUUCACAUUUCCCGCCAAAUGACCAUAUAUGGUCAAAAUUAGGGGUUUUUUAAACGCGAGAAAAAUGAAUGUAUUGGCACAGGGGCAAAUCAUAAGGUUAUGAUUUACGUGUACUUGGUAUAUCGUGCACCAGCCGAUAAAUUAACCAAGGCACAAAAUAACAUAAUAAUCUUGUUAAAGAUUGUUAUGUAAACCUGACUUUUGCUUUAUCUUUGUCUUUUCAUAAACUGCACGUGCGGAGUAUGCACGUUUACCAAAACCUAGUUUUGUACGUGCAAAUCGAGCAAGAUUUUACGUAUCCUGUUGGCAGGAUGGCGAGCAAACCUUUUUUCAAGUACAAACCCUCUAAACAAAUAACCUGCCUUCAAAAUAAUGUUAUCGUAACUAGCCGAAAGCGACGCAGUUUGCGCGUAACUCAGAAACUCAAGCGCCAUUUUGAUGCAAGAAUUUUCUCCCUACCCCAGAUGGUAUUUCAUCGUCCAGAAAACAAAAUUUAUUUGAGGACCUACCCCUGCUUCGCAAUUUAUUGACACACAUUUCCACUUGACCAGCCGCAACCUGGGUUCUUUCUCGAAGCAAGAGAGAGAACUCUGGGAACGAGGUUGGUCAUAAUGAUGUAUUUCGUGACGAAAAACGCGUCAUAGCACCACAUGCCCUAAGUAAAAAAAAAGUACAAUUUUGAUUUUAUGCAAUUUUGUCCUUCCUCAUGUGCCAAAACAUUCAUUUUUCUCGCGUUUAAAAUACCCCUAAUUUUGACCAUAUAUGGUCAUUUGACGGUAAAUUUAAUUUUCUUAAAUUAGCUGUAACUUCACGCCAUUUUAUUCGAUUGAGAUGGGGCCUUCACAAUAUAUAUUCUUUUUGUGUAGCAAAAAUGUCUGUAACGUUUUAAACACUGCUUUUCAAAUUUUCAAUGUUGUUACUAAAAAUAGGUGUCACUUAUGACGUCAUACUUUCAAGAAACGUCAAAAAUAGCUUUACAAUGGUAAAUAUUUAACGAAAUUUUUUCUCUAAUUAAGAUGUUCUAAUGUGUUGCUUCAUUUGGAAUAUAAACUACUCCGCUGUGAGCCAAAUAUUGAAUUUAAGUUGCGGGAGGAAAAGCCCUAACAACCGACCAUCGUGUAUUAAAAAAAUUCUGAAAAAUUCAGAAUGUGUGUUUACGUUGUAUAGGAAUCAGUGAAUAAAGGGAAAAGGGUUACGUGACUUAUUAAUUGGUUAAAUAGCUAAUAGGAUAAAUACUAUUUCCAAUCAUACACGGCAGAUUUGAGAUUUACACUGUCAGUAUGUAACAUUUUGGUAGUGAAAAUUCCUAAGAUAAAGGUUUGCAACCCUUGGAAAACGUUGUUUGUCACGUUAUUGACGAAGUAAUGUCACGUGUUAUUUGUAAUCACGUUUCAAGUGUGUUUUUUUCGUUGAGCCACAUUUGUAGUUCACUUUUCAGGAUCACCGAUGGAAGCAAACCGUUCUGAACGACAUUUAUCAAAUUAUGCAUAUUAAAUUACGUAGUCAUGCCUCAAGUGGCCUGAGUUUGCAUUUUCUUCUAUGCUAUGUCUUAAGAAUUCAAAUACCACAUGUUUUCUUUUGUCACUGCACCAUGUUAAUUUACCUAGUGUAUGUUGUACAUGUUGUGGUUUAAAUUUAUCUUUGGCUUAAUAUUUUUCAACCUAGUUUGAUUUUCAUUUUUUCAUUAUCAUACUCUAAAACGAAGGGAAAUAAAAAUCAAACAGGCUUGAAAACAUUGAAACCAGAGAUAGAUUAAACUAUAACAUAGAUAUUUCGCAGAACUUUACCUUUACUUCACUUCGUGUCAAGUUUCGGCUCGCUGAACCUUCGUAUUUUUUUAGCAAUUAAGGGGGGUGGCUUUUCAGUGUUGUUGUUCUUCCCUUUUUCUUGUCACUUUUGAUGUAGGUUUUUUUGGUUUAAUUAGCCUAUAACCUUUUUUGUUAGAAAUUUACAUUCUUCGUUCUUCAAAAGGGAAAUUUGAUUGUUGGAUUGUGACCGAUUGUUGCUGUGUGUGAUAGGUGGUCCUUAGCUUUGCGAUAUCAGGACAGUUCCAAAUACAAAAGGCAAAAUUGUGUUAAUGUAAAGAAAAGAUUAGGAGUGAGAUAAACCCCCCAUUUUCGGAGCCGUUAUUGUCCUAGUAAUCAAGGAGUGGAUUUUGUAGUCCCACCUACCUAUGCAAAUUAGGUUCGUUUUGAGUGGAGAAGGGGUGGGGGUAGGAAGGUUCACUGCUGUGUCUUCCGUUUUGAAAACUCAGAACAAAUGGCAGAUGAGUAUUUUUGGUUUCAGCCCCACAACAGACUGCCUGCUGCUUCCACAAACAAACUCCGUGGUCACUUUUAAACAUGAACUUAAAACCUCUUCUUUUUAAAAGAUCCUUUAAGAGUUCACAUAUUUUAUAAGCUUCUUAGAUUAUUCUUAGACUUCAACGUUUUGAGGCUUAUAUGUCGUUUCUCUUCCAUUUUUCAGAUUUAGAAGACGAAGUAAAAAAGCUAGUCUCACCACACUUUUUAAGUGGUCUUCUAAUGCUAGAUGAUUUUGUCCAGAUUUUGAAUGAAACACCGAAUGAUGUCAGUGCAAUCGCUGCUCAACGAAUAAUGCCUGAUCUCCUUGGUCUUGUAAAGAAGUCUCACGAAGCAUUCUGUCAUGCUGAAUCCACAAUACACGAGAUAAAUGGCAGGUUGGACAACAACCUUCAGAUAAUUGUGGUAGAAGAGAAAAAUACAAAUGACAUCCUCAAACAAACUCAGGAAAGUUUAGCAAAACUGGAAGAGAAUAUGAAAGUUAAACAAGACGAGUAUGAUGAAGUCAAGGAACAACUUUCCAAGUUAGAUUCAAACCUUAGAAGAGAGAAAGAGUCUCUGCGACAAAAGAGAAAACAACUAGAAAUAGCUGAAAGAAAACGCAAUGGAGGAGUCCUGGUAGGUAGUGUCCUAGGAGGAAUAUUUGGCGGACCAGCUGGAGUCUUUACUGGUCGUUAUAUAGCUAAUGCUGUGCACAAGACUGAUGUCUCCAACGCUGAAGAAGCCGUCAACGAAGCUUCAUCUCAGGAAGAAAAAACCAGAAGAAGAUUUGCUGUCAAGCAAGAAGAACUCUCCAAAUUGGUACACGAACAAGAAGAACAAGAAAUAGUCAAGAGGUGGAGAUGCCAGGAGUUGGAACUGCUCAAGACAAGAAAGGAAGAUAUAAAAAAAUCCCAAAAACGUUUAGCAACACUGAAUGAAUCCAUUAAAAGUUGCACCACGUUUGUGGACACUACGACAUCACGAGCAAAGAUGAUGGCAGAUGAAGCGACUGGUGAGCUGCCUGAUAUUGAAGCCAUGGUUUUUCCCUUAAAAGCAAUUGCUGGUGAUCUCGCUGAAACGUCUCUUAGCAACAGCCGCCUGUUAUCUGGGCGUUUUGACAUAAAAGGAAUAGGUACCAAGAUCAAAGCAAUAACUUCCAAGGCACUAAAGGGUAAUCCAUCAAAUAACGUUGACCAAUGGGCAUGA